UAUUUAACCAUAGAUGUGCUGGAGACAAAAUGUCAAGUGAUCAGCAGGAAGCCAUGGAAGAAAUGUGAAGUGAAGGAUGUAGCUGACAUACCAGUGUAUGGGCAGUGUAUGGCAUCUAUCUACUGUACGUUGGGAAAAGUGUGGAACUCCGCAGCAAUAAAAUGUACCAUCCAACAAGUGCCUGCCACAGUCAUCGUCGACACAUGUCCAGACUGUCCAACAGUAGAGUGCCUGGAUGACCCCAUCAUAGCGGAGAUGGCCAAUCUGUCCCUCCAGACAUACAACAGAAAGCGUUGCCUUACCAACUACUACACUCUCCUCAACCUAACAGGAGCUAGCAUGCAGUGGGUUGAGUGUCCGUCCUACUUUGUGGAGUUCACCGUUCAAGAGACGGUCUCUGCUAAGGACAAUCCUGAUGUUGAUCUGACCCAAUGUAAAAUGAUGGACUGUGAAUUUUCAAUGGAGUACUACACUACAGCUACACACUAUCACAUUCUGAAAUAGCACAAGGGCUUGGCACAGGCUCUCACACCACUCUGGAUGACGGCAUGUUUGAGAUCAAACUUCCCAUCGAGUUCAAGUGUGAAAUCUUUGAACCAGAGGUUGGGAAUUUCCACAACAGUGCCAUCAUGCCAUAUCAUGAUGAAACCUCAGUAACAUAGAGACAGCACAGCAGUAACCUCAGAAAUUGGGCAGAUGAGACCCCCACAAUGCAGGAGUUUGUUCCAGAUCUGACUAAAUUGUGAUGUAAAUUCAGGACCAAGACUAGGUCUAGGGGUAGGGGAAAGGAAGGGGUUGAUCUCAGAGUGGGCAUAAUGUUCUGAUUGUCCCAUUUCAUAAGCACUUAAAGUUAUUAUCAUUUUUAUGUCCAUCUCUCAGGCUAGAGAAGAAGUGAUGAUGAGAACCAUAAACAUGCACACACACACUGCUUGCUGUGGGGUCGUGGUGGUCCUAUCCCCCACCUCAAAGAGCCUCACCAGCAGCAAGCAACUGUCCAGGCAAGAGAAAAAACAACUUGGGACUGGACAGGUUUCAAAUCUUAUUGAUAAACAUCUUACGUUACUGCAAUAACAGCUU